AUGCUCGAGCAAGAGGGAAUUGACAUGAAGGUUUCCAACGGAGGCAACUGGGGUGAUACAACCGACCAGAUCAGACGACGCCUUCCCUCUUUGAUGCAGUCUGUCAUGUCUCAGGGCGGCCGCUUGGCAUUUGUUCUGGUGCUGGCUGGCACCAACGACUUGUUGCAGCUGCCACCACUUGAGGCGACAGUGAGCCUUUCGAUUCCUCGUAUUGCAGGAAAAAUCAAUGAGAUUCUCGACAUAGCCUCCCAGGCUGCUUUUCAUCCUCAUGUUGGUAUCUUGUCUCUGCCGCCUCUGCUUAGCCGAGAUGUCGGCAGAUUGAAGUUGAACCAAAGCUUGCGUCAACUAUUCGGAGCACCAGGAAUGCCACAUAGAUCCCAGGUGCCAGGAGCGGGCGCCCGCUUCCUGGUAGAUCUAGACACUGUGGAUGCAGCUCUUUCAACAGACGGAGUCCAUUACGGCCAGGAGGGGUACAACCAGUUCGCAAAGCGAGUGAUGCAGGUAAUUCUGCCAAUGUUGAGAGCCGAUGCAGCUGCUCAUGGACGCCUUGCAGCGAUGCAAGAGCUCUGCCUGCACUUGGCUUCUGCAGCCAGAGCACUGGUUACGAAUGCCCUGGCCAGUGCGCCAAGCCUGCAAGAUGCUGCUGCGAAGUUGGGCAUUGGUGACUUUUCACAGUGGGCAAGUGCGAAGGCCUUUGACCUGCACUCCCAAGCACGUGAGCAGGCGAAGGAGCUUGUCAAGGCAAGAAUGAAGCACGAGUUUGGACCAGAGAUCCUUGAUAUGCUGAACGCCCUCUCGGAUUGCACGCGGAAAAUCUCAGAGGAGUUGAAACUUCAAAAUGCGAAAUUUGGCAUCACUUUGGCCCUUCCUCUGGUGGCCGUGCAGCACAACGUGCUGGACCCACCCACAUGCGAAGGACUGCUGCUGGAUGCCACCGUGGUGGCAGAAGCCAAUCAUUGGGUUGAUUUUGCUCAGGGCGCCUAUGGCACUUCUGACAUCAAAGGAUACGACAAGGCGAGUGUGAUUAACGCCAUCGAGCAAAGUGGUGGUGACAAGCGUGGGAUCGAAGUGAGAGUGGCGAACCUGCCGGCCCAAGGGGUCCAAAUGCCGGGACAUUAUGUGGCAUUGGACAGGACAAAGCGAGCCGUGGUGCUGGGCAUCCGCGGAACCACGACUUUGUGCGACGCACUGACUGAUGCAGUGGGUGAUGCCGCGAAGGUUCCGGAAUGUCCCGGGCUUCUUGCCCAUAAAGCAAUGCUGGCCAGCGCGCGUGCUGUUCUGGAGCGAACGAGGUCGGCUCUGAACGAAGCGCUGAGAGAAAACUCAGGCUACAGCCUUGUUAUCACCGGGCACAGUCUUGGAGCCGGCACUGCCAUACUUUGCACGAUCCUUCUCAGUGUCAAUCCUCUUGAUUCUCGGCCUGCCAUGAAAUGCUGGGCUUUUGCGCCGCCACCUGUCGUUGGGCCUCUAAAUAGCCCAAGUCUGAGAGCUUUGGAGAUUCAUUCGUUCAUCAAUCGUGCAGACAUCGUGCCACGAGCAAGUCUGGCCAACGUUUUCCACCUGGGACAAGAGUGUAUGGCAGUGGAUGGAUUGGAGAUGGACUUUUUACACCGCUUCAUCCUCAUGCGGAGAGAUCCGAAUCCCGAAAAUGAGGCAGAAAAGCAGGCUCUGCAAAAGGUGAUGGGGUCAGUCCACGAUUGCCGACAACAGCGGAAGCAGAAGGACCAUGAGUCCUUCCCUCCACUCUUCGUUCCUGGACAGGUGUACUGGAUCGAAUGGCUGGGUAAUUCUGGCAGCGUGCAGGACACACCCGAGGCGACUGCGGAGAGAACGCCCAGGAUACACAUGGCUUCUGCUACCGAGUUCCAGUCCUUGCUGCUGCGUGGAGGCACGAACGCCCUGAAGGACCACUUGUGUGGCAACUACAAAGAAGCCCUGGACAAGUACAAAGUUCACCUGCAGGUGAACAACGGUUGCUUUUGCGUGGUCAGCUGA